CACAGGCCACUGCUCUUGAAUGUGUGUGUAAAUAUGGAUGGGAUUAUAUUGCUCGGUGACGGUAUACAGGAAUUAUCAUUGUUCGACAUCUUUUGUUUAUAGGGUGUCAUCAGCCUCCUGAGCAUAUCAGUUUACCUGCAGUCGGCCUACAUAGUCAGAGUCUAAUGUGACUGUCCGAUCGCACCAGCUUAAUUUAAAAGGUGCUUGAUGGCUGUGAACAAAAGCAAUAUGAAGGGCAGGGUUACAGUGUACUCUGUGCUAGGCUGUCCACAUUCCACACAGGCAAAAGACACUCUGAGGAAUUUAGGUCUGCCUGUGUGUAUUGUGGAUAUAAACAAGCAUAGAGAUUUACAAACUCAGGUGAAGGGACUUACAGGCCACAGUUCUGUCCCGCAAAUUUUCUUCAAUAAUGUGUAUGUUGGAAACAACGAGGACCUCCAGAACCUUGAUCAUGAUCAGCUGGAACACCUUAUGCUAUUGGUACGAGAAGAACCUGUGCCCCCGGACGCUCCACCUGUCCCACAUGAAAACAGCCCUGACCCUGAGGAUGAGCUUGGUAAAGCAUCCGACAUCUCUGAGGCCAUGAGGAAACUGAUCCUGAAACUUUACUCCCAUCACCUCUCUAAAGAUGGCAAGACAGUUGAUUACAAGGCCAUGUGUCAGAGCCCGUACUAUGAGCGGUACUGUGAGCUAGCUGUCCAACUGCAGCGUGUUGAACUGCUGUCCCUGAGCCAUGAAGAAAAACUGGCCUUCUUCAUCAACAUCUAUAAUGCUCUCGUCAUCCACGGAAAUCUGCGUCUCGGCUUUCCUAAAACCUUCUGGCAAAGGUAUCGGUUCUUCAACUAUGUGAGCUACCUCAUUGGUGGAGAAGUGUUCACACUGCAGGAUAUUGAAAACGGAGUGCUUCGAGGGAAUCGAAAGGGCGUGGCACAACUCUUAAAGCCCUUUUCAAAGAAUGACCCGCGACUGCAGGUGGCGCUUUCUGAUGUUGAGCCUCUCAUUCAUUUUGCACUGAACUGUGGUGCAAAGGGCUGCCCUCCAAUUAAAACUUACACACCACAGAACAUUGUUAAUCAGUUGCAUGUCGCCGCCGAAGCGUUUCUGGAAAAUGAUGACGGCUGCAUUAUCGACGACGUGAGAAGAGAGGUGAAACUCAGCCAGAUCUUUAAGUGGUACAAGGCAGACUUUGGAGGAACUGAUGAGAAGCUUCUGAAUUGGGUGUUUGAUCAUAUGGAGCCAUCACAGAAGAAGUGGAGUCUAAAAGCCCUACUGACUGCAGGAAAUGUCAAAGUGAGCUAUCUGCCCUAUGACUGGUCUAUAAACAGCACAGACUGAGAUAAACCACAUUGUCACGCACACGAUCCACACAUUGUGGGCAUCGUGUUUUAUUGAACGCAUGCAGCAGACUGUGAAGAGACUGAUAUGACGUAACUAUGCACUUUCUUUCUCUUUUCCUUCCACCUUUUAAAAGGGCAAUGUGACCUAAUAUUUCUAACACAGUUUUCUACCUGUAAUUUUCCCAAUUGUAUUAAAGUGUUUGCACUAAUUAUUAUGCAAA